GUCCAUUUCGAUUACCACCGCAUGGCCAUGAUAACGCCCUUGAGAUUGUUCGGCGUUUCCACGGUUAGUUAUUCUUCUUUAGUUUUAAUAGGAUGGCGAUUUCUUAUGUCAUCUACUUAUGGGUUUACUUUGUAGACAUCCGGUGGUAUGCGUCCACAGCGAGCUCGCCUAAGAUAGGCGCGAGCGGUUCACAGUCUGCGGCUGCUUUAGCACUAAGUGGUUCGAAGGGGCUGCGUACUACUGGCGGUUCUACCCAGUCUCAGAUAGCCUUGAGGCACUUGGGGCUGCUUAAGUUGACCGUCCCCACUAGUCAAGGAGCUGGCCGGGGUGCAGCUAAGCGACCUCUGGAUGCCAGGAUGCAGCUAAGCGACGGAAAGGAAGCCACAGGCAGAGCGACAAAAGAUGAAGGGCAUCCUGAUCGAGAAGCCGCGCUAUGACCCACUUGCUGCAUACUCCAGCUAGAAAAGGCAGAAGACAACAUAACUUUCGUCAAGCGCCGCUUACUUCCCGCAUGUGACUUCUUCUGCUGAGCUGAUAAACGUGCCAUGCACGU